AACGCCCAAAGGCACCACAUUCGGUUUUAAGAUAAACUCAAAAACUUAGCUGUACGAAAUUGAGAAGUGCGGAAGAGGGACUCGAUUUGUGAAGUGGGAAAGAGGAGACUUUGUGUUAUAAGGGACACUGCCACGUUUGAGGGUGUAGCAGUGUGUUAAAAAGAAAGGCUCGAGUAUAGAAUUUUCCAAAAUCUCAGCCUCGAAACCACGAUCGGUUUUCUUGGCAGGUAGAGCUCCCACCCUUUAGGGCUAGACCCAAUAUCUCCGUUAGAUUCAAGGGUCAAGGAUUGGGGAAAUGGAGGAUAUCUUUGAAUCCUCUCUGCAUUUGGAAGAAACACACUUUGAGGAAGGGUAUUCUGAUGGCUACAAACACGGUCUAGUCAUUGGCAAAGAGGAGGCCCAACAAGUGGGCUUGAGAGUGGGCUUCGAGGCUGGGGAGGAGCUUGGCUUCUACCGCGGUUGCAUCGAAGUCUGGAACUUCGCCAUCCGGGUUGAUCAGACUCGAUUCUCGGAUCGAAUCCAAAAGAUGAUCAAGCAGAUGGAGGAGUUGGUUGAAAAAUACCCAGUUUUUGACCCAGAGAGUGAGAGCGUUCAAGAACUCAUGGAGGCUUUGAGGCUUAAGUUUAGGGCCAUUUCCGCAACGCUGGGCAUGAAAUUGGAGUAUAAUGGAUACCCCAAAAUGGGGCAAGAUCCCAAGGAGAUGGGGUUUUAAUUUGUUUCUUUUUGCGAAGUUUUAGCAUUUGGAAAUGCUGAUAUCAGUUUGUCUUUCACCGAGGAAGAAUCAGGUAUUGAGAGAUAAUAGUUAGUUUGCUCAUGGCUUUUAUUUGGUGCAUCCUUUGCAAUCUCUAAGUAUUGCUUCUCUGGUGAAACGAAUAUGAUUUAGGGUGUAUUAUAUCAUAUAUGUGUAAGGCGCAUGAGAAUUGGAGAUCUUAGUGUUGCUUUUAUUUUUUAAUGUGGAUAGAAGCUUUUUGGGAUUUUGUGCAGAUUGACUCCCUGUUUAAAUGGGAUGCUUUAUUUGUGUUGC